GAGAAUCUUUUAACGCGGCUAGUUGACUCAUACGCCUUGAUUGAAGGCAAAACAGGGAUACAAGUACUUCAUUACCAUCAUCCAUACAUUCAUCAAAUCAUCAUCCUUUUCAGUUUUCAUCACUACUUCCACUCUAUUUAUUUCUACUUAAUUUACCAACGCAUAUGCCAUAAACAAGAUCUUGAAAUAGGGUUUUACUUUUCCUCCAUAAUCAUCUGUUGAUUUACCAUUUUGGUUUUGAUUGAGUUUUUAUUACAUUUUUUAUUUCCCAGAAUUCCUGUGUUAGGGUUUGGUUUUUAACAGAGAUUUAUGGGGCCGAUGGUGUUACCGGCACCACCUGUAAAGUGCUAUUCCGAAAAUUCGUCUCCGGUGGCAUUGCCGCCGGGUUCCUUCUCAUCUGGUGGUGGUAGGUCGGGUGGUGGUGGUGGUUUGGAUUAUAUUGAGCAUACUGUCUCCAAAUUUGAUACGCUUGUUGGUGUCGCAAUAAAGUAUGGUGUCGAGUGUUUAACAUGAGUACAAUAAGGGAGAGUUGGAGAGACAAAUGCGAGAAGAAAGAAAGAAGACACGAGAGAGAAGAAAGAAAGAAGAAACAAAUGAGGGAAGAAAGAUAGAAAGACACAUGCGAGAGGGAAGAUAAUGGAGAAAAGUUUACCAAGAGGAAGACUGAGAUAGUGACACGAUGAGAGAUGAACAAAUAAAGUCAUAAAUUUCAAACUAGGAAUUACUAUAUUAAUUUCUAAUUAAUUUUAGUUUAUGUAUUACUAUAUUAUUAUAUUGGGAUAUCUCCAGAAAAGUCCUAUUAGUUUGGAAAUUUUUUUUAAUAAAGUCAUAAAUUUUAUUUUUUGAACACAAAAAUCCUUACCUUUUCACUUUUUGAAUAGAAAAACUCAAGAAACCGGCUAAUUUAUUCACUUUAGUCCUUUUUAGUCCUUUUAGACAUGUUCAGCAGGUCAUU